AUGCUUGCGAAGAAACUACUCACUGUCCCUCUCCAGUCUCGGUUUAUACACUCUUCCGCCAUGGCAAACGCUAGAACCGCCCGCAUCGGGAACCCAGCAUUAUUUAUUUGCGAUAUCCAAGAGAGGUUCAGAACCAUCACAUAUGAAUUCCCGAAGCUGGUAUCAACCUCUCUCAAGCUCUUACGGGCUUCUAAACCUCUCAAUAUCCCGAUAUACGUUACCACGCAAAACACAGCUCGUCUAGGUCCCACCGUCGCCGAGUUUGAUGAGUAUCUACAGCCAUCAAACCCCAACCUGCGUAUCAACUGUGACAAGACCCUUUUCUCCAUGAUAACGCCCGAAGUCAAGGAGAAACUGCCUAACGCUGCGUCUGAGAAACCACUUGAUGCCAUCAUUGUCGGCCUCGAGUCCCAUGUCUGCGUUACUCAGACAGUGUUGGACCUGCUAUCGUUGGGCCACCGGGUGUAUAUCAUUGCAGACGGAGUUAGCAGUGCCAAUGCCGAGGAGAGGCACGUUGCGCUGGCCCGGCUGCGGGAUGCCGGUGCCAUCGUCACGACAAGCGAGAGCAUUUUGUUUGAGAUCAUGGGUGACUCUAAGAUUGGGGUGUUUAGGGAGAUUAGUGGGUUGUUCAAGGAGACUGGAAAGGAGACCAAGGAUGCCUUGGAAGCAUUCUGUUCGGCUAGUAAGAUUUGA